CAGAUAAAUGAGCGUAAACAGAUGUCUCCUGUAAGUAAAUAUCCCUGACAGUGAGCAGAGAGCUUUCUCCCCAGAUAAAACAGUGCAGCUUCAUAAAUUGGUUGGAUCUGGUGCCUCGUCUUUGUUACAAAUAGAAACCCCGACACAGAGGAGCCCGAGGAGGCGUUUGUGCAGCCAACAAGCAUGAAGUAUGGGAAGCUAUUGCCGAUAAAUGUAUUUGUCAUGGGGCUGAUUGUGUUACACUUGCGCGUCUUCGCUUUGGAAGUAGAGAACAGCUCAGCUGAGGAUGCUUGUUCCACUCAUACGAUUCUGCCGGGACCUAAAGGGGAUGUUGGAGAAGAUGGAGAAACGGGGGUCUUGGGAAAGCUGGGAAAAGAUGGACCCAAGGGCCAGAGAGGCAAUGAAGGAAUAAUAGGAGAUUCCGGUGACCAGGGCCUCAUUGGCAAAAUUGGUCCAAUUGGCAGCAAAGGUGAUAAAGGACAUAAAGGCUUGCCUGGCCUUCCAGGAGGAAAAGGAAAAUCAGGCAGCUACUGUGAUUGUGGGAGAUACCGCAAAGUUGUGGGGCAGUUAGAUGUUAAUGUUGCACACCUGAAAUCAUCUUUAAAAUUUGUGAAAAAUGUGAUUGCUGGCAUCAGGGAAACAGAUGAGAAGUAUUAUUACAUUGUUAAAGAAGAACGGAACUACAGGGAUGCGCUGACCCAGUGCCGGAUAAGAGGGGGUACACUGGCAAUGCCCAAGGAUCAAGCUACCAAUGCUCUAAUUGCUGAUUACAUUUCCAAAUUGGGGCUUUUCAGAGCAUUUAUUGGAAUAAAUGACAUUGAGAAAGAGAAGCAGUUUGUGUACACAGAUAAUACCCCACUGCAGACUUACAGCAGCUGGAAAACGGGAGAACCCAACGAUGGCUCUGGGUAUGAAGACUGCGUGGAAAUGCUCAGCACCGGCCAUUGGAACGACGUGGACUGCAGUCUGACCAUCUAUUUUGUCUGUGAGUUUCUGAAAAAGACAAAGUAGCCGCUGAGAAAAUAUAUGGGCCUAAUUCACUGACGUGGUAAAUCGCUCCAGUGCAGAUACACAAAGCAGCCAAUCACUUUCAGGGCUCUUAUAGACGAGCGUUUUUACCUGCGCUCCCCUGCGUUCCGCUUUCAUGCGUUCAGCCGCAGGGGAGUGCAGGAGUAGACA